GCCUGCGAGCAGCUGCAGCCGUCACCGCCUCGGCCCCGCGCGAGCGCCGUCGGGGCGGGCGGGCCCCAGCCUCGGGUGGUGUUGGAGGAGCGUGGGGGGAGGACCGGGAGAGCGCGCCCACCGCGUUCCCUCCCCCCCUCGAUGGGAGCGGGGGCGUCCCGGCCGCCGCAGCCGCCUGAGGAGGGAGAGCUGGGGGCCGCCACUUCGGAGUUGGGGCUGAGCAGUCCUCGGGGAGCGCGCGCCCAGACCGCUGCAGCCGCCGGCCGAGUUAAAGCCAUCCACAGUAAUGGCCUCAGCCUUACCCAGGACCCUGGGGGAGUUGCAGCUGUAUAGGAUACUUCAAAAAGCCAAUCUGCUUUCUUAUUUUGAUGCCUUUAUCCAACAAGGUGGUGAUGAUGUUCAGCAACUCUGUGAAGCUGGAGAAGAGGAAUUUUUAGAAAUCAUGGCACUUGUGGGCAUGGCUAGCAAGCCCCUUCAUGUUAGAAGGCUACAGAAGGCGUUGAGAGACUGGGUUACAAAUCCUGGUCUUUUCAAUCAGCCACUGACUUCCCUUCCUGUCAGUAGCAUACCCAUCUAUAAAUUACCUGAGGGAUCACCCACAUGGCUGGGAAUAUCCUGCAGUAGUUAUGAAAGGAAUAGCAAUGCCCGGGAACCUCAUUUAAAAAUCCCCAAAUGUGCUGCCACCACCUGUGUGCAGAGUCUGGGACAGGGGAAAUCAGAUGUAGGGAGCCUAGCACUGCAGAGUGUUGGUGAUUCCAGACUCUGGCAAGGACACCAUGCUACUGAGAGUGAACAUAGUCUUUCCCCAGCAGACCUUGGCUCCCCAGCUUCCCCAAAGGAAAGCAGUGAGGCACUAGAUGCUGCCGCUGCACUGUCUGUGGCUGAGUGUGUAGAGAGAUUGGCACCCACACUGCCGAAAAGUGACUUGAGCGAAGUCAGAGAGCUGCUAAAAACCAACAAGAAGCUGGCCAAAAUGAUCGGUCACAUCUUUGAAAUGAGUGAUGAUGAUCCACACAAAGAGGAAGAAAUUCGAAAAUACAGUGCAAUAUAUGGCAGAUUUGACUCAAAGAGAAAGGAUGGAAAACACCUCACACUUCAUGAGCUCACUGUUAAUGAAGCGGCUGCUCAACUCUGUGUGAAAGAUAAUGCCCUGUUGACAAGAAGAGAUGAACUUUUUGCCCUGGCUAGGCAGAUUUCUCGAGAAGUCACCUAUAAAUACACUUACAGAACCACCAAAUCAAAAUGUGGCGAGAGAGAUGAAUUAUCCCCAAAGAGAAUUAAAGUGGAGGAUGGAUUUCCAGAUUUCCCAGAUUCUGUGCAAACACUCUUCCAGCAGGCCAGAACUAAAAGUGAAGAAUUUGCAGCUCUUAGUUCUCAGCAGUCUGAAAAGGUGGUGGCAAAACAGAUGGAGUUCCUCUGUGCCCAAGCUGGCUAUGAGAGACUACAGCAUGCUGAGAGAAGACUGUCCACAGGGCUUUACAGACAAAGCUCAGAAGAGCACAGCCCUAAUGGUUUGCCUUCUGACAAUUCAGAUGGACAGGCAGAACGACCGUUGAAUCUCCGAAUACCUAGUUUACAGAAUAGACAACCCCAUCAUUUUAUGGUGGAUGGAGAGCUGAGUAGACUUUACUCCAACGAGGCAAAGUCCCACUCAUCAGAGAGCCUUGGGAUUUUAAAAGACUAUCCUCACUCUGCUUUUCCAUUGGAAAAGAAAGUCAUCAAAACAGAACCUGAGGAUUCAAGAUAGCUGUGAUUCAUUCAGUCCUCCAACUGUUCUCUGGAAAUGGCAUCAGAUUUAAGGAUAAUGCUCCAUCAUAGAAAUAAGCCUUAAUAACCAAUGUUGCCUCAUUCAGCUCAAACAGAUCUCAUAGCCAAAGCAUAAGGACUCAUACAGUAGUCUGUGGAAACCAGGAAGAAAAACAACCACAAAAGAAAAAAUCAAGAGAGUGUUGCAAUCUGUAAUAAAUAUCGAUCCAUUCACAUUCCUAUGUAAGUCAGUUUAUGUGGACCAGCUUACAAAUUAAUAUUGUAAGCAUUAAUUAUUUAAGAAUGUACAAUGUAUUGUGUAAUUUAUAGAAAAAUCUAGAUGUUGAGGCCUGUUUGGUCUAGUAGAUAUGGAUACAGUUAAUUUUACUUGAAAUUUUAUUGUCUACUUUUAAGUGUAUUUAGCGUAAAUAUUAUACGUCAGAUUUUAGAACCUUUACAGUUAUAUGAAAGAAAGCUUGGGUGAUGUAGCUAUUGGUGAGGUUGAAAUGGCUAUAGGAAAAUGAAAAACAAAUACGUAAUUUAAGCCAAGGAAAAUAUUGUAUAUUUAAUACUUGAUAAAGCAGAUUUUGUUUAACAAGAAAUGUGUAGCAGUCAUUGGAUAAUGUCAUUUUCACUAGCUUGAUCAGUGCACAGUUUAUAAAUAUUGGGGGAAAACUAAAAAGAUGAGCAGUAGACUAGAAAGUAUCUCUCAUCUUGAUGGCAUGGAUUGUGUUAUGUAAUAGCAACUUAAGAUGUAGUGGAGCUAGGAAGCUGUUACUUGGACAGAGAACUUGGAACAAGUGGACUAAUGUGUAAAACAUUGAUAUGCAGGAUAUAUUAAUAGGUUAAGACAUAGUAUGUUAAUCCUAAAUGUGAUCAAGAUGGUGACUUAACAAAAGCUAUAAUAGAUUAAAUAUGAUUUAUAUCCAGAAAUUCUCCAUGUCAGAGAGUCUCUUACUGAGGAAUGUCUUCCCACCCAACCAGUUAUCACAAGUGUGAAUAAUUACUGCAUCCACAUUUGCAGGCAUACUCCUGUGGAAGUUUAGUUGACAGCUAUAUGCAUUAUUUAUUUUACAAUUUCAUUUUUGUAUAUCUUACAUAUUUUUUGUAAAAUUCACUUUAACUUGAACGUAUGUUCAUUUCCCCUAUUUAAUUAAUAGACUGUGUGUAUACACACAUCUAUGGGAUAUAGGUAAAUGUUAAUGUACUAGCAAACAAGAGAAUUUCACAUUGGAAUAUAUAGUGGUUUAAAAAAUUGAACACCUGCAUAUAUAUGUAUGUGUGUGGUUUACUGGUUAAAGAGAAGGUAUUGGACAAUUAAUUAUCCAUUUUGUCAAAAUUCUUUUAGUUUUUCCUACAGAUUCAUCUAAACUCAGAUACUGUUGAGAAGAAUAUAUUGACAUGGAAUAUGUUUUUUUUGUUUUCAUCUCUGCUUUAGAUCUUAACUGUGUAAUAAAUAUUAAGUCAUAAUCUGUUAAAUUUUAAAAUUUGCCAGCCAAAUGUUAGAUGAAAUGUCUGCACUGUAGUUUCUAAUCACUGUCACAUAUGUAAUAACGUUUUCAUUUGAUUUGUAGAAGAGCUUUAUAGUAAGAAAUACCAGUAAACAACUUUUAUACUAUUAAAAGGCUUUUUGCCCUUCCUACAUAUUUUAAUUGUACCAUAAUAUUCUACCCACUGAAGAAGUUUCUUUUGGACCUUGCAACUUUGUUGCUAGCUUGAGGUUGAUUAUUGUGGUUGUAUUGUUCACUGUUUGUAGAACUAGUCUGAGUAUGAUUUAAAUAGAUUGUUCAGUUUUUAAUAUUAGCCAUAGCACUGGUUAGUAUCUCAGUAGUUUCAUGAAACGUUUCCUGUAUUCUAAUAUAUUUUGAGAAAUUUUGUGGUCUUUAUUUUUAAUUGCGUCUUACAGUUCAAGUUUUGUAGAUUUUAAUAAGCAACAGUUUUUAAAGAUGCAGUAAUCUUCCAACUAAUAUUUAUCCAUCUUUCAUGAACCCACAAACUGCAUCUUUAAAUCCAUAAAUAAGUUUCCGUAAGUAUCAUACUUUUCUGAUCUUUCAAGUUCAGUGAUAAGGAGGAAGCACAAGAGAACUUUUCAGUAGAACACAAUUUUUAUUUUGUAAACACUAUGGUAUUAAACUUGCUAUACAUUAAAGCAAAUAAUAUAUAUUUUUAUUUGAAUUGUAUAUAUGAAUUAGAUGUUCUAACUAGUUGAUUUUUUUUCAUUAUGUUAGAGGUAUUUUCACUGAACAAGGUCAAUUGAUUACCUCAGUAUUACAGCCAAUAUAGUCCAAGGGAUCAUUUCCCCCCAUGUCUGUGUUAUAUUUUAUUAUGUGAAGUCUGCAUUCUUGUGAUUUGUAAAGCUGUUGGUAAGAUGGGAUGAGUGCACUUGCUUUCUGUGGCAAUAAAGAUUUUCUGUGCCUCACA